UGCGACUCAGUCUCUGUCCGCCCCUGUGCUUGUCCUGUGGGCAACUCCCCCCGUGCCUCCGCCCGCACAUUCCGAGGGGGGAGCUCCAUCCCGUCGGAGGGAGACGCGGUUCUUCCUUCCAAGCUGGGGGGCCCGGAAGACGCCCUUGGCAGAGAAGUUUGGCUUUCCCAUUGCCAUCCCUGCGCCGUCGUCUCUGGAAGCCAAAACCUGGAUGGGAAAGUAAGAAGCCUGGAAGAUGGCGGACGCCGAAGACGGCUUCGGACUGCCCACGACUCCCGUGGAAGCGGACACGAAGGAGCUGGCUGGCGAAGGCAAGGCCGAGGGACAAGUCGCGGGGGCCACCAGCAAGCAGCCCGCCUCUCCUCAAGCCGCCUUCACCCAACAGGGCAUGGAAGGCAUCAAAGUCUUUUUACACGAGCGGGAAUUGUGGCUGAAAUUUCAUGACGUGGGGACCGAAAUGAUCAUCACCAAAGCUGGAAGGCGGAUGUUCCCCAGCUACAAAGUGAAAGUCACGGGACUCAAUCCCAAGACCAAGUACAUUCUGCUGAUGGAUAUUGUCCCCUCCGAUGACCACAGAUACAAGUUUGCAGAUAAUAAAUGGUCAGUGACUGGGAAAGCGGAACCUGCAAUGCCUGGAAGAUUAUAUGUCCAUCCGGAUUCGCCAGCGACUGGAGCUCAUUGGAUGCGGCAGCUGGUUUCCUUCCAAAAGCUCAAGCUGACAAACAAUCAUCUCGAUCCAUUUGGCCAUAUCAUCCUCAACUCCAUGCACAAAUACCAGCCCCGGCUCCACAUUGUCAAAGCAGAUGAGAACAACGGCUUUGGCUCCAAAAACACCGCCUUCUGCACCCAUGUCUUUGCUGAGACGGCUUUCAUUGCGGUGACCUCCUACCAGAACCACAAGAUCACCCAGCUCAAGAUUGAAAACAACCCUUUUGCAAAAGGAUUUAGAGGCAGUGACGACAUGGAGCUGCACCGAAUGUCCAGGAUGCAAAGCAAGGAGUAUCCCGUGGUUCCCCGGAGUACGGUACGGCAGAAGGUGGCCUCCAACCACAGCCCUUUCAGCGGUGAGACCCGGGCUCUCUCGACCUCAUCUAACCUUGGAUCUCAGUUCCAGUGUGAGAACGGCGUAUCCAGCACCUCCCAGGACCUGAUUCCCCCAACCAACCCCUACCCUGUGUCCCAGGAGCAUGGCCAGAUUUAUCAUUGCACCAAGAGAAAAGAUGAGGAAUGUUCGACCACAGAGCACCCCUACAAGAAGCCCUACAUGGAGACCUCUCCCCAGGAGGAUGAGUCCUUCUACCGCUCUGGCUACUCCCAGCAGCAGGGACUGAACACCAGCACAUACAGGACUGAGUCCGCACAACGCCAAGCCUGUAUGUAUGCUAGCUCGGCCCCAGCCACCGAGCCAGUGCCCAGCUUGGAAGACAUCAGCUGCAACACCUGGCCCCCAGUGCCCUCCUACGGCAGCUGCACUGUCACGGCCAUGCAGCCCAUGGACCGCCUGCCAUACCAACACUUCUCAGCCCACUUCACCUCGGGCCCCCUGAUGCCCCGCCUCGCUACCGUCGCCAACCAUACCUCGCCCCAGAUUGGGGACACCCACGCCAUGUUCCAGCAUCAAACUGCCGUCCCUCAUCAGCCUAUUGUCCGGCAGUGUGGACCUCAAGCGGGCCUCCAGUCGCCCACCAGUGGCUUACAACCGGCCGAGUUCCUUUACUCACAUGGGGUGCCCCGAACCCUGUCUCCGCACCAGUACCAUUCAGUCCAUGGAGUGGGCAUGGUGCCAGAAUGGAACGAGAACAGCUAACCAGGCAAUGCGAGGGAGAGCAGGGUCGGGUGGGAUCUGGGGGUCCGCCGCAGCAAAAUGAGGAGUGUUUUCCCCAGACUUGUUUAACUGAAUGUUCAUAUCUAUAUAUAUAAUCUAUCUUUCUCUCUAUAUAUAUAAAAACCAACACUCGAGAACUGGACUGUGUCCUAUCUUCCGGGGAGGGGAGGGCAGACCACGGUAUUGUAUUUCCUUGGCUUUUGUUGUGAUCGACUGAUCCAUGCCUCCUCCCCGACACACAAACACACAUUCACCACCACUGUCAUCACACUCAGAAAUAGCCACGUUGUUUGCAUUGCGUCUCCCACCACCGAUCCUUUGGGUUUUAGUUGUGUUGGGCAUUGGGCAAGAACAUGGAAAGAGAGCGCUCGGGGAAAACAAUGGCAGCAACAACACUAGAAUAAGUUGCGUUUUAUUCCCCUACCCCUUCUUCUUCCUCUCUGUCUUUUUCUUUUGUGUUGAUGAUGACAUUGUUAUAUAAUAAAUAAUAAUAUAUAUCUGUA